GGAUUUGAUUAUGGAAUGUACAGCUUGUCAUGUAAAAAGUUUGAUCUUUUUUAUGCGAAGGAUCUGACGGUGGUGAGACUACUUGCUGAAAAGACUAAGGAAGUAGACGUUGUGGCACAUUCAUACGCCACGGCUGGUGAAAUAGUUCCUUUGACUGCGUUGCUGAUUGUAGCGGUUGAUAAGAUCAGAGAGGCUAGUGUGGCGUUACAGGAUGUUGAUGAUUCUGUGUGGACAAAGCCGAAGACAACGAUCUAUGAGUUUGUUAUUCUAGAAGCGUUGCGUAGUAAUAGCAAGAAAAGAAUGCUUUUGUUGCGGGAGAUUGGGCUCCUUCAGCUCUUUGGUGCUGCAGUUUUUAGUGAAUCUGUGGAUAAGCAAACCUCACCGCUUUUCUCCAUUGUACAGGCAGGAGAUGAAGCUGUUCUUGAAUUGCUUAUAAACACGGACAUUGAUGUUAACGAAACAGAUGCAGAAGGGAACACCGCUCUUCACUGCUGCCUGAAGGGAUCAUCUGUGCCACAUAAGCAACAAACUAGAAUCAUGAACCUACUUCUUGUACACGGUGCUCGUAUUACCCAUAAGAACAAGUUGGGUUUAUCUGCAGUCCACUUAGCUGCUGCAAAUGGCAAUUUAUCUGCACUUGAGAUUCUUCUAGCGGCCUACCCUGAGCUGGUUCACUCCAAGACAGUAAUCAAAGAGACACCACUAUUCUUCGCAGUGAAGAAUAACCAUCUUGAUUGCGUUGAGCUGCUUCUUCAGUGUGGAGCAAGUUCAGAAAUUCAUAAUCUACGAAAACAGAGACCAAUAGAGCUGACUCAGUCACAAGAUAUACGCUUCCUCCUUAACCCAACAAACAUCACUUGCUCUAGCAAAGAAGCAGAACCUGCUAAAGGAGAUGAUGAAGAAACCAGUUUCACCGGCACUGCCGUGCCCACAUGGCUCAAAAAGUUCGUAAAAUGGCUUCCUCGGCAUCUCCGAGAUGUAUCAGAGAGGUACAGAGAGAUUAAUGGAUAUCCCCUCUCAUCACUCAAAGCCGAUUUCAGAGCUGAUUUUGGCAUGGAACUCAACCACUCCUCCCUUGGCUUCUCCAAGCUCAUCGACUUCAUCAAAUAUUUUCCAAAACUCUGUCAAGUUAAAUGCGUCCUCGUUGGUGAUUCUGGACUUGCAACCCACUGGGUGAUGUUACCCUCCAAGUGUUCUCAGCUCAAAGGAAGACCUCCAGAGCCACUCAUCAUCAAAAACAACGACUCUUUCUUUCCCAACAAACCGAAGGACUCAUCAGCUCCAGCUCUCAAAUCCACACAACAAGCACAUGACUCUCAAACCUUGAAGGCCAUUUUCAGCAAUGUCUCUCUCUCUCCAAACAAACCGAAAGUCUCAUCAACACAAGGACAUGACUCUACAACCUUGGAGCCAAAAGUAGAGCCUCAACCUCUCGUGACUGCAUCUUACAACAACUAUCAUCAACUAAAACAUCCGGUUCUAGAGACAGCUUCAGUAAACAAACACACACAACAAGCCCAUGUAUCUGAAACCUUGAAGCCAGAACCUCCUUUGGAUGCUUCUUACAGCUAUCAUCAUCAUCAGCUAAAACAUCCUGUUCUAGAGGCACUUGCAAGGAUCAGAAACAGCACAUCCAUAUUCUUUCUCCGUGAGUUCGACUUUUAUCAAAGCUAUGAGACGUGUUUAAGGAAAGGAAUGUGUUUCUGGUGCAACAAGAGCAUGCUUCUAUGGGCAAACUUCCCAUGUCGACACAAACUCUGGUGCAGCACUUGUAAACACAAGAUUGCACAAUCUGCAGGUGAUCACCACAGGUGUGUGAUCUGUGACGCUAAAGUGGAAUGUUUCAUCUUGUCUCCACCGUUUGGAUUCGAUCAUCAUAGGCAUUCAAGUCGUCUCCCUAACGAUGCUGAAAUAGCGACUUGGUUCCUCGAAUAUCUGAUAUAAGAAAGUAAUGUUUUUUUUUUUCCACUUUCUCUGAUUGACUUAAAAACCCCUUCUUUAAAGAAAACGUCUAACUAACGUUUUUGUCAAUUACUACUUGUUGCAGUUCCAUGAAGAAGGGGAUCAUUCAUUUGGAUCAUGGGAUAUAAGAGAAGGAAAGAAACUCCUCUUGUGUGGUAAAAGUGGAUUUGACUCGUGAAACAAAAACUAAGUAGAAUGAAAACACAUGAAAGCUCUUCUUCUUAAUAACAUAGAAAGUACAUAUAGUAUUGAACGUUUCUGGUGCUUGUAGCUCUCUGUCUCUCGAUAUUAAAAGUACUAGCAUUAACAAAGUAAAAUCUGAAAUCAAAA